CCCGCCGAGACCCCGACCCCGGCCCCGCCGGCGGACACUCGCCGGGCAGCCGCGGGCCGGGCACAGCCACCUCCGCCGCCCAUGCGCCGGGCGGACAGACUCCAAGUGGGACCGGCGGACACGCGGACUCGCGUGUCAGCAGAAGCUGAUGGAGAAUCAAACUCUGGACCCAGAGACUAGGGAUUCCUAUGGUACCUCAGGCCACCUCCCCAACAAGGGGUCUUUGACAAAAACCAAGAACAACUUCAAAGACCUGAUGUCCAAGCUGACAGAGGGCCAGUAUGUGCUGUGCCGGUGGACAGAUGGGCUGUAUUACCUUGGGAAGAUCAAGAGGGUCAGCAUUUCUAAGCAGAGCUGCCUUGUGACUUUUGAAGAUAAUUCCAAAUACUGGGUCCUGUGGAAGGACAUACAGCAUGCCGGUGUUCCAGGGGAGGAGCCUAAGUGCAACAUCUGUCUGGGGAAGACCUCCGGGCCCUUGAAUGAGAUUCUCAUCUGUGGGAAGUGUGGUCUGGGUUACCACCAGCAGUGCCACAUCCCCAUAGCCGGCAGUGCUGACAGGCCCCUGCUCACACCUUGGUUCUGCCGACGCUGCAUCUUCGCGCUGGCUGUGCGGAAAGGAGGCGCUCUGAAGAAGGGUGCCAUCGCCAGGACACUGCAGGCUGUGAAGAUGGUGCUGUCCUAUCAACCUGAGGAGCUCGAGUGGGAUUCACCCCACCGCACCAACCAGCAGCAAUGCUACUGCUACUGUGGAGGGCCCGGAGAGUGGUACCUGCGGAUGCUGCAGUGUUACCGGUGCAGGCAGUGGUUCCACGAGGCCUGCACUCAGUGCCUUAACGAACCCAUGAUGUUUGGAGAUCGGUUCUACCUGUUCUUCUGUUCCGUAUGUAACCAGGGCCCAGAGUACAUCGAGAGGCUGCCCCUGCGAUGGGUUGAUGUGGUUCACCUGGCCCUCUACAACCUGGGGGUGCAGAGCAAGAAGAAGUACUUUGACUUUGAGGAGAUUCUGGCUUUUGUCAACCACCACUGGGAGCUCCUGCAGCUUGGCAAGCUCACCAGCACCCCCGUGACCGAUCGAGGACCACAUCUCCUCAAUGCUCUGAACAGCUACAAAAGCCGGUUCCUCUGUGGCAAAGAGAUCAAGAAGAAAAAGUGCAUCUUUCGCCUGCGUAUCCGUGUCCCACCCAACCCACCAGGGAAGCUGCUGCCUGACAAGGGCCUGGUCCCCACUGAGAAUGGUGCCGCCUCUGAGCUGCUGCGUAAGAGAGGAAAGAACAAGCCUGGUUUGUUGCCUCACGAAUUCCAGCAGCAGAAAAGGCGGGUUUAUAGAAGAAAAAGAUCAAAGUUUUUGCUGGAAGAUGCUAUUCCCAGUAGUGACUUUACCUCGGCCUGGAGCACCAACCAUCACCUGGCCAGCAUAUUUGACUUCUCGCUGGAUGAAAUUCAGAGUUUAAAAAGUGCCAGCUCAGGCCAGACCUUCUUCUCAGAUGUAGACUCUACUGAUGCAGCCAGCACCUCUGGUUCUGCCUCCACCAGCCUCUCCUAUGACUCCAGACGGACAGUGGGCAGCCGGAAGAGGAAACUGGCAGCCAAAGCAUAUAUGCCACUGCGGGUGAAACGGCGGGUGACCGAGCUGGGAGGACGCUGUCCCUCAGACAGCAGUGCAGAGGGGGUUUUGGGCCCUGAGCGGCCAGAUGAAGGCAUCGACAGCCACACUUUUGAGAGCAUCAGUGAAGAUGACUCAUCCUUGUCUCACCUCAAGUCAUCCAUCACCAGCUAUUUUGGUGCAGCUGGGCGGUUAGCCUGUGGGGAGAAGUACCAGGUGUUGGCUCGGAGAGUCACACCAGAGGGCAAGGUUCAGUACCUGGUGGAGUGGGAAGGGACCACCCCUUACUGACUAGCCCCCAGGGGAUGCCAGGAGCCCUGGAAACCAAAGGAGAGACAGUUCAAGUGAUGGCUCCCCAGUUCUCUCCAGGCAGGAAUAGGGGAGGGACUCAAGACAGAAUUUCAAAAGGCCCUGCCCACCCACCUACUAGGCCAAGGUUUAAGCCUCUCUGCUGUUCCCAUCCUGUCACAGGCCUCCACUGACUCCCCAUACUUUGUCUCACCAUCCCACAAACUACUACUCUGUCUCCACACAUUCCAUGCUCCCACAAAACUUGAUUCCUCUGAAUUUGUUCCCUUCGACUCUAUGACCCUUUUUCCUGAGGCCUGAUCUUUGUUUAUGCCCCCAGUUCUGUGUCCAUUGAGCUCUUUUGGGGUGAAUAUUCAUAUAUCCUUUAUGCAUGUAGCUGUCUCUCCACUGGAUGCCCUUCACAUCUGCCCAAGUGACAGCCAGAGACCCUGGGAUCAUCAGGACCUAAGGAAUGAAGGGGCUCAGAUGGCACCAGCAGCAAAGGCCAAAUAAGACUGAGAGUAAAGGCUCUGGGUGUCAACUUGUGAGACCCCAGUGUCUGUCCUUUCUGUCUCUGGGUACACCCCGUUAGUUGCCAUGAAAUAGGGCCUGGCCUUGCUGGAGUGGAGGUAGCCUUGCAAACCUGAAGGGGAGGGAGAGAAAGUGAGAAAAAAAAAAGAGGCUAUGUCAUGCUCAAUCUCAAGCUGUUCCCUGUGCUACCCACCCCUGGCCAGACACACUGCACACCUAGCUAAACAAUAUAUACUCACAUAUAAACCUCUAUCCAUGUGUACUCUCACCUUCAAGUACACACACACACACACACACACACACACACACACGCACACACUCACUCUCUCACUCACUCAAUUUCUACAUUCUCUCCUGAGUCCUGCUUUUCCUUGGCCCUCUUCCAGAGGCCAUGUGCUCCAGUGAAAUGUGAAAGUCCUACUCCCACCACCUUCUUUUAGCCCACAAACUUGCUUUGAUCUCAUAGAGAAGCACUCAAACCAUCUUCCUUAUCCUCUGACUCACCCUGAAAAUGACAGUUGCUUUUUUGGGGAAAUCUUGGAAUUUUUCAAGUGUCUGUCAUUCAGUCCCCUCAAAGGGGAUCCUUUUCACAGUGGGAGUAUAAAGAGGGUUCUUAGAACUGACACGCAAACUUCGUCCCAUCUGAAUGGAAACCAAAAAAAGAAGGGAGGGGGCCAGAUCCCUCAGCUUUGCUGCUUCCAGAGAUAUUAGAAACUGACUCACUUGAUUGGCAAAUGGAAAGAAGUGCCUUGAUGGUAGGGGACAUGGACCUAAACCAGAUGGGAACCAGCUUUGCCAACUGCUGCAAGAUUUGGCUGGGAUUUUGCAGGUUGCCAGCUACAAGGCGAGCGGAUGGACAGCGAGGAAGUGGCAGCAGGCUGGAAGAGCUGGUUUUUCCGUGACUAGAUUGAUCCCACCUAUGAGCUCUUAGGGGCUACCUGAUCGCUGAGAUGCCUCUUCCCUCAAACCUCAGCUCCGACAGUGCCUUUCAAAUGGGGCCUCACCUCCUAUGCACAGCCCAUCCAGUUCCUUCUGCUACCCUGGCACGGCCCAGCCAGAGACAAAUGGGGGUUGACCCCACUCCUCCCUCUUAGCCCCUCAGCUGUUGCCACUGGAAUCCCCAAAUGGGACCAGGAGGAAGGGAAGCUGAGAAGCCAGCUCCCAAGCCCAGUGGUGGUGUGGGACUUGGGAUAUCUGACUUUCUGCCUACCUUCAGAAAAAAGUGACUGCCCCCCACCCCCACCCCAACACAAACACACACUCAUGUACACACACACACAUCCGCAUACACCUCCAGCCUGCUUUCAAGGCUUCCAAGAAAGUAUAGGAUGUGUAGGGCCUGUCAAAGAGAAUAUUCACCUCUGCUUGGGCUCCAGAGGGGCUCUGAGCUUAAAGUGGGGGAACUAGGGGUGUCUUCCCUACUUAGAAAAUCAGCAUAAGAAAGGCCUAGCAAGAUUUACACCCCAGCAUUUCACUCAUACCAGAUAAUAGCUGUAUUACUUCCGACUGAUCUUAUAAUAACCCUGUGCACCUUCAAAAAAGAUUUAUGGUUUGGAAUUGCUGCUUUUAAUAACAUUUGUUAUAUUAAAGUUAUAAUUAAUGUG